AUGGCUUCGUUAGAGUCGUUUGACUUUAUUGUCUGCGGGGGCGGGACCGCUGGUUGCGUCGUCGCUUCAAGACUUGCAGAGAACCCUCGCAAUAAAGUCCUAGUUGUGGAAGCCGGCCCACACAACGAACAUCUGGAGAAUGUUCAUAUGGUCGGAGGAUGGUCCCAGAAUUUCGAUACAGAGACUGAUUGGAAAAUCGUGUCCGAUGAGGGCAGUUCCAUGAGUAAUCGGCAGGUCAACUUGAGCCGAGGAAAGUUCCUCGGAGGUUCCUCUGGAGUCAAUGGCACUUUGGUUGUUCGAGGAGUAAAACAAGACUUCGAUGAUUGGAACCUGGAAGGCUGGAGCGGUGAGGAAUUCUUUGACUACAUGAAGAAGUCUGAGACGUUUCACGGCAAACCAUGGUUUCAGGAGUCCUCAGAAUCUCAUGGUUACGAUGGUCAACUUCAUACAGAGCCGCACGACCUCGCCCCUAUUUCGCAUCUCAUUAAAGAGUCAAUGAUUUCGAAAGGACUACCCCUUGACGACGACAUGUUCUCCCACGGAAACAACCCACACGGAUGUGGACACUCAGUGCGCACAGUACACCAGGGCCUCCGCACUACGGGCGCAGACUUUAUCACGAAGGGCCCGAAGAGGAGCAACUUGCAUCUCAUGGUUGAGACUCAUGUGGACAAGGUGAUGAUUGAAAGGGAUAUACAAGGCGGGCUUCGUGCCGUCGGUGUGAGGGUGGUUGACGCACAGGGUCACGUCAUUAACAUCAAAGCUCGCAAAGAAGUGAUUAUUUCAGGAGGAGCUUACUGCAGUCCGAACAUUCUUAAUCGCUCUGGAAUUGGAUGUGAUGAGGAACUCAAGAGACAUGGUAUCAAGACUCUGGUCAACUUACCUGGGGUCGGCAAGAAUCUACAAGACCAUUUGAUUGCGUUCAUCUUCUACGAGACAGAUAAGCCAGGGUUAACCAACGACCAUCUCGUUCACCAUGGAGACGCGCGUUCAAAGUCCUAUUCCCUUUGGAAGGAGCGCAAGACUGGGUUUCUCUCCAGUUUUCCGUUUGGCAUCUUCGCCUUUGCUCGGCUAGACGAACGUCUCGCCGACUCUAAAAUCUGGUCAUCUGCACCCCGGGUAAAGGGACGCGAUCCAAUGGGAUUGAGCCCUUCGCAGCCUAAUAUCGAGUUCUUCACCACGGAGUGCUACGUCGAUCCGAAGCCAAUUGGCCACCACCCUACCGAGGGAAACCAUGUUUUUGCCAUCAUCGCGGAACUAUUUGCGCCAAAGUCCCGAGGAACGGUGUCUCUGCGAAGCAGUGACCCAACUGCGACGCCCGUCGUCAAUUGUAAUUAUCUCUCCGAUUCUCUUGAUGUCGAGGUCAUGGCAGAGGCCUGCAGAUUUGGAAAUGAGAUCAUCAUGGACGGUGCUGGAACGAAGAAUAUUGUCAAAGGCUCAUGGCCGCCCAAUUCAAACCACCAUGAGUUCCGGACUAGGGAAGACUGGAUCCCAUAUGUGAGGGAUAACGCAACGACAUGUUACCACGCGGCCGGAACUUGUGCUAUGGGCGGGACCCUUGAUCCAAAUGCUGUUGUAGAUGAGCAAUUGCGCGUCAAAGGUGUCAGGGGUCUUAGGGUGGCUGAUUGCAGUGUGAUGCCUCUUUUGAACAACGGCCACACUCAAAUGCCAGCUUACGGAAUCGGCGAGAAAGCUGCAGACCUUAUUAAAGAAACAUGGUCCAAGGAGACAGCUAAGCUGUAG